CGCGUCAAGUCGCUCUCGAAAUUAUUUCUACCCUACACGCCGCGACAAUCAGAGAGUAUGAAUGGCACCUGUGUCUAGCUGCUCUAUAAGAUCCACAAGUGAGCAUAUUAUAGUUCUUUAGCGCGUCUUCAGCACGUCUUGGGCAAAGGCCACCUUCCUCAGAAUUAGCUAGAAACCUUCUCAGCCAUACUGGUAAGAUUUUUUUCUCCGAUUCGCGAGUGACCUGAGUCGAGCCCGAGUGACAAACCCGUACUGGACUCGGGCCCAGAAUAUCUCCGUGAGGAAACACCGGCUUAGCGCCAGGGAACUUAAGCAGCGCCGCCAUGGUCUUGGAAAAAAAGAUCCAGAGAGCAGGGGACGGAAGGACAUACCCACAGGCUGGCCAAACAUGUGUUGUGCAUUACAUAGGUACCCUCACUGAUGGAACCGAGUUUGAUAACUCAAGAAAAAAUAUCCAUACACCGUUUGAAUUCAAAUUAGGCAAUGGGGAGGUGAUCAAAGGAUGGGAUGUUGGGGUUGCACAGAUGAGUGUAGGAGAGAGAUCAACACUAACGUGUUCUCCGGAUUUCGGAUACGGAUCAUUCGGCUAUCCGGGAUGCAUCCCACCUAACGCCACUCUGAUGUUCGACAUCGAACUCAUCGCUAUCAGGGAAGCAUGACUCCCGUGAAAUCCAAGAACAUAGUUACCUUGAUAACCCGACAAACCAGGAAAUGAUGGAACUUUACAGAAAGGAGAAAGAAAUUAUAUUUGGUUUAAUAAAGAGAGACUUGAGGGGGAAUUGCAAUACUGUUUGGUAGAGUUCAGAUUAUAAUCCUUAAACCAGGGAUGUCGAGUUUAAGGAGAUUUGAAGGUAGUCGCCCUCCACCCCAUCCCCAAUAUAAGAAAAAGGGAUAACCUGUUUCUCAAGUGCGGUGUAUGUGUCCAAUGAAUAUGUUGAUAUAAGCGACCACUUCCCCUCCUCCCAUCUUAUUGCGCGUAGCACACGAGGCGUCAUCCUGGUGACGCAAGGUUGCGUCAGAGAUUGGCGGGGUCUCUGACGCAGCGUGUGAGAGUGACGUAAUAAUGGAUGCAAGAUUGACAGUGGAAACACUGCGUUGGAUUAACGUGCGCUAAUCGACUUCUUGGGGUUGGUAUUAGCGUAAUUAAUAAGGCAAUUGAUAUGACAUCUCGUGUGCAACGUGCAUAGAUAUUGGUCGACGUCUCUGCGUUAAAGUUAAAUUUAAAAGACGUAUAUCGAUGAUUUUUUCUUUCUUUUUUUAAUAUACGGAUAACGAGUAGACCAGCCUAAUAAAGGGAAUCAUUCAAAAUAUAAUAGAAUAAUUUGAUUAUUUUGAAUAUUAAGUCAGACAGGUAGUAGCCUAUGGUACAUCUGGUUUCACAAUAUGAUGCUUACCUUUGACCAAUUCACUUCGGUUGGUACAACAUUGGUGUUCCACAGGGACACAUAUUCGGUACUCCGAAUGUUUAUAUUUUAAAUUGCCUUAAGGCGAUUAACUGUAUUCCAAUGUUUAGUGUUGUGCUUAAUGUUAAACUCUGAUGUGUAACUGCAGGCUUUAUUUUUUGUCCGGUCUUAUCAAAUGUGAGAUAGUUUCACAAGUGUUUGCAGUGAUAUCAUAGGGUUUGUAACGUUACUAACGUUUUCUCUCUUUUUUUUUCUUUUUUUAGUUUCGAUUUCACAGGAAUUUAUUUUUGAUCUAAUCCUUUGCUUUAAGAAUUAUGCGUGAAUAUAAAAGUAGAAAAAUAACACUCUACCAUUUUGUGCUAAAUGCUUGGCAAUGAACAUAAUAUUUGUUCAUUUGAAAACAAUUAUGUAUAGCCAUAAACGUCAUAUUUUGAAUUGUAUGUGUUAUUUUGUUUCCUCUUGUUUUAAUUUGUUCGUGUUGUUUGUUUUAAUCAAGUCAAAUUAAAUCAUAUUUAACGAACAAUUUCGUCAUUUUGUUCCACACCAUACACAUAUGCAAUACUUUACGGAUUCUUUUAAAUCUGCCUUAAACUCUAAGUACAUCUUGCCUCUCCUUAAGCUACAAUUUUCGUGUUAACAAGUUUUUUCACUUUUGUGCAGGUAUAUGAAAUAACAUAGAUAAGUUUUGUCGUUUACAAGUGCAUAUUUUCUGUGAAAUUUCCACGAAUGAAUUGUCGAGGACAUAGAGAUAUACAUCUAUCUUUGUUGUCGAAGUUCAAUUUAUUUUUCAGAAUAUCGUGUACAAAAAAAA